GCGGCCGGCGCGUGCGACACGCACAUUGCCCUGCAGCCCAAAACCCUCGCGCUUCCGUAUCGAUCCACUACAGUGUGACCCCACCUUUAUACCCGAAUUACUGACGAAAUAUUUGUCGUUUUUACGCAUAUUUUAUAGUGAUGAUGUUUUUGGAGAAUAUUUUCAGUAAUAAUAAUGUGGUUAAAAAAAUCUUAUUCAAUUUUAUUUAAUUUUUUCGAAGCAUGAAGUUAAAAUGUCAAGUUUUAUUUUUAAAUUUGAUAAAUAUGGUGUUGUUCUGUAAAAUAUUGUCACCAUUCACUUGCUAGGUGGUGUGCAUAAUUUUAUUGUUUACCGAUACGAUCCAAUUUUUCAUGAUGUUCGUUUGAAUUUCAAAUACGUCUUUAUAAGAGUUGAUGUUUUCAUAAAUGUGGACUAUUUCAAGUUGAAUUUUGACGGAGGUGGUUUUGUGGUGUUCAGUUGUUUCAUCAUUCCUGCGUCGGAUACGAAAAAUGGGGAACAUGAGCAGUCUGAGUACACGUCUUGCUGUACUAAUUGCACUGCAGGCAGCGGGCGAAGGGUUGGCUGCCCCCAGCGUGCUUGUCACUCGUCUCCGCUCCAGGAUCGACCGCCACUGGCUGCCCAUAGACAAUCAGACGCUCUACAAGUUGGACAGAGGAGAAAGCAAAAGCCUCGAGUUAAACACAUCACUAAUACCAGAGUCUCAUGUCUACAUCACCAUCAGCCCCUGCUCGUCAUCAUUCCACUGGGGCCUGUACAGAGGAAGUUCAGGGGACAAUGACGGAGGAAAUCUAAGUCUUCUAGAAGAAUACGAGGGGACGGAUGUGAAAACAUUAUCAGUACUUAUACGACAUCAAGAAAAAUAUAUCUUACAGUUAUCAUCAUCUAAUGGUGGAACAGUGGCGGUGAGCGUGCGAGGCGAGUCAACGAGACGGGUUCGGUUGCGGCUACGCGUGCGAUCGCGACGCAGGCUCUCGGCCAAUUGGGAUCCAAGUCCAAUAGAUCCGCAAUCAACUACAUACUGCGUCGUUGCAUCACACAGAAAGAACUACACGUCACUCUGCGCUGCCCAAAGCGAUGUCAGAGCGAGUCGUUCAGAAAAUAAAGCGUCUCGUUUCAACUCCGAAGAAAAUAGAUCGAAUCCAGAUAUGGAUAGCUCGAAGCAACGGGAUCGUUAUAGCAAUGCUACCCAUCACAGUACUUCAGUUGAAGCGGACAACAAAGUAGAACUGGACAUAGAUGGAUUUAACAUUUACGAGGGCAACUUUAAAAACAUUUAUAGAAGGAAAAAGUUCGGUCGAAGUACAAAAGUAAGCAGUGAAGAUCCGCUGAUAGCUUGCGUCGGCGACAGAACUCAUCAUGUCAUUGAAAAUUUGGAUCCAAGUGUAACAUAUUUCGUGAGUAUAUUUGGUGUAUCAAGAGACAGACGAGCUGGGUCUCUCCUAGCCACAGGCACCGUCCGACCUCGAACCUCCACCGCAAAGAGACUGCGCGAAAAUAUUCCCUUGAGAAAUGAAAUUAAAGGAAAAACUGUUUACUAUUUCAAGGCAGGUGUAGGAGUGGGGGGCGGGAUUUGGGUGUCGAUUUCUUCUUGUGGAGGAGCAGUCGAUGUUGAAGUCUUGGUAAAAGGAAAGAGGCUGUACAUGGCUAAGAGCAUAGAACCACAUUCGAAAUUUUUCGUGGCUGCACCAAUGAUGACGUCAUCCAUUCAAGAGACCAGUGACGAAGAUUCGGUGCAAUUUGACUCCAGUUCGGAGGAAUUCAAACUACGUUACGUUAUACGUGUUGUACCCAGCAAAUGGAAUAGAGAUGAAAUUGUUAAUGUCGAGUUGGUAACCUCGACAACCAGAUGGGGAAUUAGUUCACCUGAGCUAUUUGACGAAGGAGGUAUAGUGAGAGAGUUGCGGCCACGUCGAUCUUGCAAGUCUGUUGAUAUCGCGUUCCUUCCAGCAAUGCAUAACGCUACGAAUGCUAUAAGAUAUUGUAUAGUGGCACGGGAGAGUCCAAGCAAAGAAAACAUCUGUGUGUCCACAAGGAGAACAAAAGCGCAAUGUGUAAAUCACAUGCAAAGAACACCCGCAAGAGUGAUAGUCAAGAAGGUGACAGGAUUGAAGCCAGGAAGGAAAUAUGCUAUUCAAGUUACAGCAUCAAAUAAAGGAUCUUCGGUUCCGUACAAUAACCUAUAUGUGGACACCAACGCGUCUUGUAAAGAAGACUAAAGUAUCAACCACAAUUGACAUAGUUAAACAGUAUUAUAUUUUGCUAUAAAAGAGUUUUUUUUAUUAAAUUACAAAUUCAGCAAACUCCAAUGAUUGUAAUAAAACCUUUUUUUGCUGCUAGGUAAAAACUAAAGGUAUUAAAACUUAUGACAAUUAGAUUAAGAUAUAAAUGAGUCGCCUGUAUAAUUAUUUUUUUAUCUUUAAGUAAUUAGAUGUAUGAUAUUUUGUAAAUAUAGUAUAAAGUAAAAAAAUACUAUAACCAUGUAAUUGAAUUGGAACAAAAUAUUUUUUUUAUUGAAGAAUGUUCCACGCAUUAUGAUCCGUACUGCUCUGUGUGUAGAACUUGAGAAUUUUAAUAAAGCUAUUUUUUUUAAAUAAUCAAAAAUAUUCAAUACGUUGGUCCUGUGAAGUUUGGUAAUUCUUUAUGUUACGAAUACAUAAAUUUCAGUUUUUUUUUGUAAAAAAUUAGAACGAUAUCUUUAACAUGUAUUUAAUUUAGCAUUUUGUAUUUAUUUUUUUAAUUUGCCGGUAAUUUUCUGAAUCCUUUAAUGUGAAUAAUGGGUUCUUUUUUUUAUUAUUUUUAUUGUAUAGUUAGAGUUAAAAUUAUAUCAACAUUUUGAAACAAUUUUGGUUCUUAGCUUAAAACAUACACAUACCCAUAGUGGCAUUUAUAUAUUAGAAUUAAAAUAACUGCAUUCGCAAGUUCCUAUUACUUUAAUUGAGUUUAAUUUUUAGAGAGUUUUAAUAAAG